CGUAUAUAAGUUUCCUCUUUUCAAGUACUAUUGAGUACAAGUAACUAUCAGUAUGAUAUCAAAUGUAAAUGUUGAUAAAGUCUUUCAAUCGUUGCUGCGAAUAGUAAAGAAGUAAACAAACAGCUUACAAAAAGUCAAAUACGAUGAAUCAAAUUCUCUGUAAGCUUGUCCUGGUAACUUCGUUUGCUGCAUAUUCGGCCACAUCAGAUGUGUCACAGAUUCAAUGCAAUGCUACAGUUGAUGAAACAACGGAAACUUCGCUACCUUUUGUAAUACUUAAUAUCGAACAUCUGUACAGCAGUGUAACAAAUGGCGUUCCAUACAGUAAAGCUCCCAGCAUCGUACCAGGGGUUACGUUUGGAGGAAAUAUUUCCUCAUAUGCUGUCAGUUUUGCUGUAUCUCGUUCAAAUACACAAAAAAUUACAUUUGCAUACAAUGGAUCACAUAUUUGUGCUUCUGCGCAACUUCGUCUAGAAACUGAUACCUGCUGGAGUGGUUCCUCAACCGGAUGUAACAAUAAAAAAACAACAUGUGAUUCUACCUGUUUUCUGUCAAACGAAUUCUAUGAACGACAUACCGUAAAACUCUUUUACAGUUUAACGUCAAGUUCUAGUAUUGGUACUUGGACAAUGUCAGACUGGCUAUCGUUGUAUACGACAUCAAACAAACAACUAGAAUGUUUCCAUAGAGACGAGGGUUUCUACAGAUUCGAAAAUAGUCAAUAUAUUAAAGAACCGAACUUAACUCGGGUUACAUGUCCAAUAGGACAACGUUGUCGAAUCACACUAGGGAAAGUGGUCCCUUCGUCCAUACCAAAAGCAUAUGUAGGAUGUGAAAGAGAUAACGGACACUAUGAUGGCUGUGAACAGGGAUGUAGCACUUGGCAAAGAUCACCAUCCGGAUAUAGAGAAAGAUGGGCUGCUAUGUGUAGAUACUGUUGUAAUGAGAGUUUGUGUAACAACCCUGUGAAAUGCAGUAAUAUAAAAUGCGAUUUAAGUUCAGCAUUGACAGAAAAUGAUAUGUCGAAUUUGAGUCAUAGAAAUAUUGGAAGUCAUGUGGUUUUUGUAUUGGUUUUAUACAUAACUCAUGUACUGAUUUGAAGAAAAUGCUGAAGAGUUCGUUCAUCUUUGAUAUCCUUGUAAUGGAUACCGCUUGUUAACCGGGACUAUUAAUAGACCAUGUUAGAAAAGUCGUACACUGAAGAAAAUAAAUUUACGAACAUUACAUGUUUUACCAUAACUGUUUCAUUGAAAUAAUAUUCAGCUUUUUAUUUUGAACAUAUAUUAUAUUAUCUUAUCACUGCUUAUGGAAGUUUAGAGUAAUUUUCAAAAAAAAACCUAAAACAUGCAAAAUCUCAUUACUCGACACUUGUCGCAAACAUUCAUCCAAAUUCAUCCAAAACAUUAUAUGUAUCCUGUUGAACUAAACGUAUCACUUGCACGUUUCAUAAAUAAAGGUAAAAGUCAGUUAAAUUGUA